AUGAAAAACUGUAAGUUGCAAAUACGCUUUGAUUUCACGAAGGAAGAAGCAUUGUUCACAAGUAGUUACUUUUUAAUUAACACAGUAUCUUUAUGGUCAAAACAUGUCGAAUAGUCGUACAGUGGCACUUAAUAGUUUGUUCUUAUUUCCACCACAGGACUCAGCUUCAAAGCAGGAAAAUUCAAUGUGACCACAACUUUGAGUCUGUUUGCCUGUAAGAAUGUUUCUUUUGAGGAGCCUUUUCACGGUGGACAAGAAAUUAAAAUCUUCAUUUCUAAAAGCCAUGCAACGGAAGGUUUUACUCGAGCUAGUGGAAAUGGCGCAGCAAUUUGGGUGGAAUCUGUGAAUAAAAAGGCAUUUACUGUCUGUGUUUUGGAGUACGGAGAUGGCUCAAGUGGCGCUUCGCAAGUGAACUGGAUGGCGCUGCAAUCUGUACCUGCUGGCGCUCAACUAGGCACAGCUUCUUUAAACGCCUGGACUACUGGAACAAAGUGUAAAAGAAUCGCUUUUGAAAAGGUUCGAUUAGUUCAGUUUUUGAUAUUUUUUUUUGUAAUUUUAUUUCGUUUGUCUCCUUCAGCCUUUCACUUUAUACUCGUUAUUUCAUGUCUAUUCAUAAAAAGUGCUAGAGCCAUGCCCAAGUUUCAGAGUGUUUGAUAACGUUGUUGUUGUUGCUAGGCAGGUGCUGUGACGUGUUUUCUUGGUAUUACCUGUUAUGUCAUCUUACAUUUUUCCGUGUUUGUCAUAUUUCUUGAAGAGAUGAAAAGUUUGAUUGAUAGACUGGGAUAAGCUCAACAGAAUAGUGUUAUGUUUAUCAGUUACCGUGACGUCAUUAAUGUGGCGGCCAUAUUGGCUGCCAUCUUGAAUUUUAUUUUUUGCUAAAAUUUGUCUUAAUGACAUAAAAUUUGAGAAUUAAGUUUGAAGCAUGCUAUAAUCAAAUAUUUUUCUUUUUUGGAACUAUGCUAUGUGUAAUAUUUUUACAAAGAAAGUAACGCGCAUUUUUCUUAGAAGUGGCUUAUCCUUAUGCUUUUUAUGACGUCAUGUCUUGUUACCAUAGCAACCUUGCAUCACCAAAUUUGAACGGAAUUUGCCCUAGGAAUAAAAUGAGCAGUUACUGGAAAGAAAAGGCUUUGGCUGAAAAUCUGUUUUUGAAAAUAUUGGGCAAAACCUGUGCGCUUCUACCAAUUCAAUUGAUGUUAAAUUUCACUGUUCUAAAUCUUCAAUCUCUUUCUUGUUCUUUAUUUUUUUGACAGAGAAGAACAAAUUAAGAACAAGAAGGAGAUUAGAAUGUAGAAAAAGAAAUAGAGGAGAAAAGAUAGGGCUUUAAAGGACCAGAAAGAGUAAACUGAAGCAGCUAAAGAAGAAAAUAUAUAGAAAAUUAGAUCAAGAAAAUGAAACAACUUUUGAGAAACAAAAGGGUCAAGUAAAUAGAUUAGUUAAAGUAACAGACUAACAAAAAGAUGAGAAAUAAAUCAAGAGUUGAAGAAGCUGAAAAAAAAAAGCAGUGAACUUAUAGUUCAUGUCCGAGUGAAAUAAACUUGCAGGUAUAGAUUUAUUUACAAAGGAUGCUGGGAAAAAAAGAAGGAAGUAAUAGAAGGGGGUAAAAAGUAAAAAACAAAAACAAAAACACUGAAACAAAUUAUGGUUUGGUUUUCUUGAUUGUUUUGUUACUUUUUUUGUCUGUUUUUCUGAUUUUCGUAUCUUGACUCUUUCUGACUACUAAACAUGGCCAUAGAAAAAUGAUUACAAAAACAUCCAACUUUCUUUUGUAAAAUCCUAAGAAAUAUUUGAUUAAUCUAUGCAAGACUCUCAUAAAAAAGUUCCAUUGAAAUAGUGACACUUCAGGGCUUCGUCCACAAAUUUAAGAGUUGGAGUAUGAAAAUAUCACGCCAUAAUGUGGUCUAGGAAUAAAGGGGUUAAUUUUUUUUUAAAUACAAUGAAACCUGUAUUAAGCGGACACCCUCGAGGAAUGUUGUAGUGUCCGCUUAAUACAGGGUAUCCGCCUAAUACAGGUUUCGACAGAUAGCGCCAUAUGAGGUGUCAAAUGCCAUUUAAAUGAACAGUGGGAAGGUUAAGAAUACUCCCAGAGAUUUUGACGAUAUACGUUUGCAUUAAUUUCUUUAUCAAAGUGGACCAGUUGAUCAUAAUACCAUAAACAUACAUUGCAACUCAAAUUUGAAGAAAUCAGAUGAGUGAAACGAGCUCUAUACAAACAAAACGAAAUAGAAAACAAUACUGUACUGUGAAACUAAUCAAAUAUGUUCGUCAAGUCACUUUUUUUACUGUAAAAAUAGAAAAAUUUGUGGGUGUUAAUUCGAGGCAAUCUUCGCAUUUCCGGUGUCUGGCAUGUUGGGUGGUGGAAUUUGAUUACAAGUGUCCGUUUAAUACAGGUUGGUAACAAUAGAAAUGACCAUUUCAUCGAAUUUCAGGUUCUUUUUAGGUGUCCGCGUCCGCUUAAUAGAGGUGUCCGCUUAAUAAAGGUUUCAUUUAAACCAAAUAAGGGAAAUAAAUUUUGGGACUUCGGCUACUGUCCGCUUAAUAGAGGGUGUCCGCUUAAUACAGGUUUCACUGUAUUUAUUUCAUUUAACACUCCACUUUACCUGCCCUCGAUCAGCAACAGUGCUGCUUUCCAUGGUAGAACUUACAGUUUCUCUUGUUUGUCAUCUUUGUUCCUUGAAAAUAUUUUGUGGAUAAUAUCAUUUGUUCAUAUUUUUCCUCUUUCAGCGUUUCCAGGCUCUUCCGAAUAUCUUUGUCACUGUUCGUCACCAGGUUCUUAAAAGACCUCAAGACGCUUUAUCCCUGUGGGUAGAUGACUUGCGCAAGGACAGUUUUAAACUCUGCGCCAGAGAAAUUAAGAGUUUUGAUGGAAUUCACAAAAAUAUCAAAGUCGUAAGUAAUAACCCAGAUAAUUGCUUUCUUCGAAAACUAACUGUUUUGUUAGUAGUGGUGUCGUUUGGAACUAAGUAGUAUAGAAAUGUGCGAACUCGUAACCACAGAACAAAUUUUAUGCACUGUUAUGUUGGUAUUUUCAUUAACACCAAUAUAGAUUGUUUUUCGCACAGAACAGUAGGCAAAACUCUACAAUAGCUUAUUCAAAAUUGCCACGCCUCUGUAUCGUCAUACCUCGUAACCGUAGAAACGUUUUCAACAAAAUUCGUAAAAAUGUGCCUGAGGAAGAAAUGAACGUUUAAUGAAAACGUUGAAGCUCGAUUAUUUUUCUAUCUCAUCAAUCCCCCCCUUCUUGUGCAUUUGAAAGUAAAGCAAAAAUUAAAUAAGUGGCGUUGUUGUGUACCCUUGCUUUGCUUUCUUCUUGGUUUGAAAGCGUAAUGACAGUAAGAACAAGUGUUACAUUUAUAGGCUCAAAAAUUCUUGCGUCUUAUAUCUUUACCUCUUCCCUGCAGGAUUGGAUGGCUUUUACCAAAUUGAAGACUGACAAUUUCACCGUCACUGAUAGUCUCGUGUUUACAAGCAACAACUCACCAUCAAACAAACAGGACAACAACGCUAUUUGCCAGGUAGUGCCAUUUGACUCGUGUUUUAAGGCUUGCCUCAAAAAAUUUGUGGGCUUUAAUUUCAAGUAGAAAGAUUUCUCUCAUCUUCACUUGGGAAGCAGUUUCCUAUCCACGCUUGAUGCUAUUUGAGGCGGUUUUUCAUUGUCUGUCUACGUCACGUGACCGGCAUUGUUCUUGUAACGGUCAAAAUGUUUGACCGAAAAUGGCGAAUACUUAGUCAAACUGUAUUCUCCUUAUUUUAUCGUUUUUCUAUGGCUUCUAGCCAGAGCUUUAGAGUGCGAGCUUUUAAUUAUGUCCAUGCAUGUUUUGUCGGAAACCGUCAAUUAAGAGUCAGGUCACGUGACUUAACAAACAUACUAGGAACUGAUAAGGUAUAGAUUGAAUACCGUCUUAAAAGGCAGAAUCGUGUUCACAACCAUCAUCUGUAGACCAUUUUGACGUCUAAAAUUUUCGAAUGUUUGAUAUGCAAAUGUAUCCAAUUUAAAGAAACACGUUUUGUGGCGUCAUCAAGAGCGGAAAAUCAAGAGCGGAAAAUGACGCUAUAUAACACUUCUAUACGAUCAAACAAGUCAAAUGUUAAUUCUUCAAGUUUCACAACUGAAACAAACUUAUUCUUAUUCUGCAAACGUGAUUUCUUAAAACUCUACUGGGGGUCCUCUAUAUUAACAAAUCCAAGCCUUGAUGCACUCGAGUAUGGCGUUCAGCAUUGAACACUUCUGUUUUCUUCUUUCCUCUACUUGUUUCUGUUAUUCCAAUUAUAGCUCACUAGAUAAUAUCUUUGAAUAUAUUGUAUCCUUUCAAAAGAAAAAGUUCCAUUUUCCACCUGUAUUUAGUUGGUAGGAGGAAUGAGAAAAUGGAUGUUAAGGUAUACUUUUUCUUGGAAAGUGAUUACCUAUUUCUUAUGCUAUUUUUUUUUAUCUUGGUUUUAGAAAGUCAAGUUCCAGGAUGCUUUUUAUGCCCCUCCGGUUGUAGUGGUGUCUCCAAGACUUGGUUACAAUAACAACAAAUCACGUUUCUCAGGAUCCGCACCAUGUAACUUAGUUACUGCCUGGGUUGAGGUUAGAAACACUUAGUCUGCCUAUUCUUCUUUGUGGUUCUAAUAGGCAGAAUUUGUUUAAAAUUAAAGAAAUGUUGUUUUUACCGUUGUCCUUAUACUCACGUUAAAAACUUAGAUUUUUCCAACGACGUAUAGCGGGGUAUGUAAAGCGAAUGAAGGCUAUUUAACUGGUUUCUCAUUUUCAUAUAAUUAUGGCAAAUAGCCUUCUUCAAUGAUAGUACAUUAAGCUAUUUUUACGAAUAAUAAAAACAGGCUUUCCGCAAAGGAAACACUCAUAAGAACUUUUGUGCAGACUUGUGCUUUGGAAACUGAUUUUUUUAUAGUUGUGUACUCGUUUUGUUCUUUAAAACAAAGGUGUAAGAUUUAACAGGUGAUCAUGAAUUGUUUUAACAAUUCAUGAUCAGUAUUCGUUAUUUCUUACUCUACUUGCACUAACCCUUAGUUUAACCAUCAGUAAAUCGACAAGUCAGCUGAAAUUUGAAAAAAAAAAUAUUGUAUGAUUUUUUUUGUUUUACUAAGAUAACAUGAACAGGUUUACUCUGGUUCAACAAAAUACUAUAUUUUGUUAAAUGUGAACUUAAAGUAUUUCUUUCGUUAUUUUGGAAUAUGCUUAGAAUACAUCUACAAACGAAACAGAAAUGUGUGUGAGUAGCUACAACAAUGACGCCAACGAUAAGGAUAUCAUAAAGGUCGAUUAUAUGGUAAUUGGAGGUACGUAAUAAAUUAUGUAACGUAAAAUGAGGGAACAGCAAUGACUUUUAUCUGUAGACAAUCACGGUCCUCUUCUAACAAUUAUACAUAAAAGCGAUUAACUGUACAAUACAAAAAUGUAUAUCUCGAUUAAAUUUUAUCCUAAAUUAAAGUUCUUUUCCUUUGUUUCAAAUCAUUCAGAUUAUACGUUACUAGCUAGGCCCCAAAACAAAAGAAAAUGAGAUUUAAGGCUAGAUAUAGGUUAAAAUUCAGCAAUUUGUGACAGACAUGGAAGCGCUCUUGUGCUUUAGGCUGUGUUCACAUUAUAACGGAUAGCUUUCGUGGCGCCAUGAGAAGCCAUCCGGUAUAUAGAGAUUACUUCAUGGUUGGUGAGUGCGUACGAUUUUUAUUCACGAGUUGUGAAGAAUCGAAAACGAACGAGUGAGCGCAGCGAACGAGUGAGUUUGCGAUUCUUCACAACGAGUGAAUAAAAAUCGUACAAGCGAACCAACCAUGAGGUAAUUUGUUUAUUAUAUAUGUACUGAGAUAUUACAAAAUAAUGUUAACAACUAUCAAUUGCGCGGUGAAAUCAACACAAAGACCACAACGAGUUGCGAAUGAUUUUAUUCGAGCAAACUGAACGUACAAAACUUCUUACAACAUUAAAGUUAUUCAAUGACUCUGAAGAAAGUGGAACAAAGUCUACUUUUAAACGAUUCUUUAACUUUAAAUAACAAUGAAAAUUUUCAGCUUUAAAUAUCGCCGUUCAAAACCGUAACUAAGAUAUAAAAUUUGAAAAAGUUGACUGUUUUGUAAAUCUCAUUAUAGUAAUGCAUGCAUUCUAAUCAGAGUCAGAGUCCAGUACUUUUAGCCUUUUGUACCUCUUUGGAGAAGACUUUACCUCAACUUCUUGGAUUGCCAACUUCGGGGAUUGAUUGAGGCUGUUAAUAGAAAUGCUGAAUUGACCUCCAUGAAUAACAGCGCCCGUGAAAAGCGACAUCGCUUGUUGGUGAUGAUCUGCCGCCGAGCGACCCGCCGAGCUAGCUGAAGGAUCAGUGGAGCAUUCUCCAACUUGAGAUGAAUUAGUUUUCUCUAAGCUAUGCACAUUCCCGGACAUCAGUUCACUUAAAGUACGAGACAUUUUUACUUGCUGUUUUUCAGAAACUACAGAAUAAUUUGUCAUACUUUGAAGAUUUUUAUGUCCCGACAGUUGAAUAAUAUCUGUCGCUGGGAUGUCGUUGUUUGUUAAAGUUUGGAUCAUUGUUUUGCGACCGCUAUGGUUCUUUACAUUAGGCCCCAGCCCGGCUUUUUCUGCCAUUUUUUUCAUUAACGAAUUCAGCUUGUUCACGCCAACGGCUGACUUUUUAAACCAUGGUUUAGAAGAAUCUUGUUUUUUACAGUUAUUUACUGCUAGAUAAAAUGGCGCGUUGUUGUCGUUCAUUUCCGACGGUCUUUUCUCCGCGUAGAAUUUGUAAACAGUGACGGGAUCUCUUUCACUUCCCUGAACCGAAAACAUUUUCGGUUUUAUUUGCCUGACAUCUCUGGGAUUUUCUCCGGUUCGAGUCUUAGUUUGUCUCUCAGUAUACUCUAAAAAUUCCUCGCCAUUUGUAGUUUGGCGUAGUUGCACAUCGCCCCAACACAUGUCUCUGUGUUCCUUACAACCACGGAGACCGAAAUAGACUGUGUUGUUGAACCAAACUGUAUUCAGUAGAGCCUCAGGAGUUGACUUUCCUAACAAUCCUUUGUCAUACAGCAGUUUUAUGUCGUCUUCUGUGAGGGGAACUGAAGCGUUUGGUUUAUCGCCUUUGCCUUUCUUCUUGAGAUCUCUUUGUUUUGAUUUUAAUGCCGUUCGUGCUUUUUCAAACUCGACGUCUCUCAUAAUGCUGUAGCCGUAAUUCUUCUUCUUUAAAUACCGUUCAAAACUGGCCAUCAUAGCACGCAAGGAAGUGGGUUCGUAAUCUUCGUUGUUUUCUUUCUUUCUUACUGUUAUGAUAAAUUCGCUGAUGAAUGAACUCAGUUCGUGUGGGGGAAUUUCUUCUACAGGCCUUGACUCAUCUUUUAGCCUCAAAAACUCCUUAAGCAAAGCAACAUUCUGUUCAGUUUUCUUCCUGGUGUUUUCGUUUUCUUGUCCUUCAAUAAAUUCCUCUUCUGAAGUUAUAUCUGCAAACCUUGAAUUGCUCGAAGAAGACGCCAUGGUUUUCCUUUUGCCUAGUGACGCCGUCAGUGAAAGGCGGGAAAAUCGAUACGAUUUUUGUCACUAGUGAAAACUUUCGUCUGCGGGUUGUGAUUGGUCAUACGGUAUUUUUCACUAGUGAGAAAAAUCGUACAACCAAUCAGAUUGCGUGUACUCUGCAACGCAUCAUUUUUAUUUGACAUAUUCAUUUUGCAGUAAAUCUCAGUACAUAUAUAAUAAAGUGUGUGAACACCUACAUGUAUCCAACAUGUGACCCUACACUUUAGAGAUCUGCGAGGCACAGCCUUUCUUUGUCUCAGAAAUCACGCCGCAACAACGGUUUAUUUUUGUGUGAACAGAAGCCCUAUCCGAUGUGGUUUUCGUGGCAGCGCACAAGCUAUCCGGUAUACUGUGAACAUAGCUUUAACUUUUAUCCUCUUGGGGAGGAGGGGGGGGGGUACUGCCAUAUAUGGGCUAUAUAGGUAUGUGCCGCUUUUCAAGCAGUUUACUCUAGGAUAGGGUAUAUAAAUCAGAGCGUUUGGGUCUAGAAUAGGGUAUCAUUUUUCAGGAAACUGAUCAGUUGGUUGAAGAUUUUAUCUAGACCAGGGAGUCCACCACGGAAACAGCCACUCUAGGAUAGCGGGGAUUUGGAGAGUUUACUCUAGUAUAGGGUAGCAAAAUUCAGCUGAACUAGCUCUGGUAUAGGUUAAGGGUUCCAGGAUCCCAGCGGCACAUCCCCACCCAGAAAUUCCUAAAGUACCCCUCCCCCCUUCCGGGCCUUUAUCCAGUUCCCUGAUAAAAAAAAAAAUUCCAGGCUGUUUUAUCUAUUGACGAAUUCGAAAUGAAUGAAUCGGAAAUGAUGCCAUCCGAUUCCAACGCUUGUAUGUUUGUCUUUUAGACUUGGAUCCUUGUAUAGAUGUAACAUGUCAUUAUCACAGUCUGUGUAAGGCUUUUGGACCUAAUGAUGCACGCUGUGUGUGUGUUGACCGCUGUCUAACUUACAAAGAACCCGUAUGUUCAUCCAAUGGCACAACAUACGACAACAAAUGUCUGUUUGAACAGGAAGUUUGUCUCAAUGGACUAAACUUUACCGUACAACAUCCUGGCAGCUGUGAAGGUCAGCAGUUUCUUUGCCUUUUUUGUAAUGGCCAACGUGCACCUUUUCACUGAAUCCUGUUAACCUUGUUGAACAGAUAGUAAAAUUUUCUUUUACUUCAUUUCCGUUUACUUUCCCAAUUCUUGGGCGGGAAUAGUUGUUGCGCCAACAAGGGAUUUAAGUUUGUUUCUAUAAACCUAUAACUAACCUUUCCAACUCCUUUUUAGGAUUUCCUCUUCAGCGUGGUCGCCUUCACAUUGCCCAUAUUCCAUCUCUGGGUUAUUCUCACUGUCAAGUAAUUACUUUCGAACCUUUUGUGUUUUAUCCUGACAAAUCCAUUGAAGUGCAGAUAACUGUCAAUCAUAUCGAUACCACUGACAAAUCGUAUGUCCAUGACGCGGCGGUAUCGUGGAUUGAAAAUGUCAAUAACGGCGGAUUUACUGCCUGUGUGAUGGCAGCUGGAUAUAACGAACGAAAGUCAUAUGCUAACGUGACAGUUGAUUGGAUAGCGUAUCAAGGUGCUCCAAUGGGUGGCGUGACUGGUGAACUGCGCAUGUCACAGUGGUGGACAGGGACGACUUGUGCAACUGUCAAAUUUCCCACUGUAAGUUGCCCUGAUCUAUUUCUGAACGUUCUCUUUUUCAAAGCUUUUAUGGUUAUAAACAUCAUUCACGACAGUUACACUUUUAGAAGUCUUGUCAAAUUACAGUUCAGGGUGCUUUAUAGUUGUAAGAAAAUGCUAUAAAGUGAUCGUUCUUUCACUAAUUAACCACAUUUGCUUAUGUAAAUUCGAAGAAGUGAAACAUAACGUUCAAACUGCCGCUUUUAAUAACUUUGCUGAAUCUAUAAAGAUCACCAUUCUUUCUUUGAAUUGUUAAUAAAGUAGAUAAAUUAAAAAAAUAAAGAAAUAAAUAAGAACAGAUGAUAAUAAUAAUUUUAAAUAGAAGCAUUUUAUCAGAAUGACAAUUUUUCUGUGCUAUUUGCAGAGGAAAUUUUCAGUCAAACCUUCAGUCUUUGUGACGUCAAAGCAUCACAAUCCAGGACUAAAACGUGACGCUGCAAGUGUAUGGAUUGAAGAUGUAACAAAAUCAUCUUGUAAAGUUUGUAUGAGAGAACUGCAGAAUUAUGCUGGAUCGCACCGAGAUAUUUUUGUGGUAAGUAUAAUGUAUCCUUAAGUGAAUGUCAAGCAUGGAUCAUGCAUUGGGCUGCCACGGGCUUUAUAAGUUAAAGGUAAUUCUACGGAUACCCUAAAAAAGAACAGCCCAUAGUUAUCAUAGGUCGAGCAACUCCGCAAAUUCAUCUUAGAAUUAGUUAUUAAAAGGUGCCAUUCUUCACCUUCACACCUCAUGCCCAUUGAUUUUUAUUGUUUAUCUAUGCAUGCCGGUCGAUUAACGAAAAAUAACGAGUUGUUGAUUUUAUUUUCAGAAUUGGCUGGCCUUUUCGGAUCUUCCCAACCCUCCCUUUUCAGAACAUAACUCGAUCUACUUUGCAAACGAUAAAUCUCCCAACAGCAGACAUUAUAAUGCAUUUUGCAAGGUCAGUAUCAGCGUUUGAGUUUGAAUCCAAACCUCAGUGAAAAAGCCUUUUUUUACCAUCUGAUGGUAGUUAUCAAAUUUUAAUUUCAGACCAUUAAAGCGAAGGUGUUUAACCUGUAACAGUCUUAGCAAUAUACAUAAUACUGACAAUUCCACAGGUCACACAUUGGCUACUUCUAUACCUCAGUCACCUCUAUGAUGGGGUCUGUCCAUUUGGUGUUUGUAUGCAUUGAAUAGUUUUAAGAAUUAAAUGUAAGUAUUCUGUGAAAGGAGAAUGAUAGAGCAAAAGCAUAAAAUCCAUUUGAAUGACAAUUUCACGUUAUCAAAGGUUUAAAGUUUAGUUGCAGCCUAUGUUUCAAAGGGCGUCUUAUGCCGAGCUGAGUGAAUUCAAAUAACGUUGGCCUCAAAAUCUGUUUCGCCUUGCUGUAUUUGUUUCACAGAUUUGAGCUUCUCAGUUUGGAAGUGUACUUUAUGUAGUGCCAGCACAGUUUAUUGUGAACGUUGAUAUGGCAUGCUUUUCCCAAAAUUUUAAACUCAAAGUUAAGAAUUAGUUCAUUCACGAUAAUCUCAAAAUCGUCAGGAAAACAAAAAGACCUCCUUUUUCAAAGGUGGAGCAAAGCGUAAUCAAAACCGAGGUUCUCCAAUUUCACUUUAUUUCCUUUUUACCCUUCUCUAGUCAAGGACACUUUAAGGUAGUAUCUAUGAACAGUAAAGUAAGAUUUAGUCAUCCAGACCUUACCAGAGGAUUCUAUCAAUACAAAAAAAAAACUGUUGGACUUGGAAGUAUUCUCUGUAGUUAUUUCUUGAUUAAUGAAUUAUCUGUCUCUACAACUUGACUGUAUAACCUAUAGAGUGAACUAAAAAAAGAGGUGUGUGAAUUAGACGAUAUCUUGUUAACAAUUCCCCUUCAAGUUGAAAUAUUUUCUUUACCUUUUAUAGGAGGCAGUCUUUGCCAAAAGUUAUAACACAACGCCACACGUCUUCGUUUCUGCUUCUCACUCGACAAAAGGAGGAAAUCAAAGUCCAGUUCAUAACAGCAUAGCUGCCUGGGUAGAGGUUGGUAACUAGUGAUGUCAGGAUAUCAAAUUUCAUAUUAAAUUAGUAUAGGUAAUAGCAUGAUUAGUAGUGAUAUUUGGCUUAAAUACCACGCGUGAUAUUUAAUGGAAAUUGCUAUACGUAAUUUCGCGAGCCGUUAGACGAGUGAAAUUUGAGACAAUUUUGAAAUAUCACGAGUGGUAUUUAUGCCAAAUAUCACAUACUAAUCAUGCUAUUAUUUGUUUAUACUACUACCGGCAAAAGGUUUGUAAUUUUCACAUGUAGGUAUUUCAAAUUAAGCUGAAAUACCAUUGCUCUAAGCCAAUCAAAUUGCAGAAAUUUCUCAUGUAGUAGUAUAAAGAGUAGCAUAGUAGAGAACUAAUUAACCUUUUCUGCGGACGAAUUUCGUUAUUCUGCUAAAGAAUACAUAAACACCGAUGAUUUUAUGACCUUUUGUCUUUAUUCCUUAAAUAGUAACCUGUGAAUAAUAAUAAUAAUAAUAAUAAUAAUUAUUAUUAUUAUUUUUAUUAUUAUUAUUAUAUUCAUAAUCAUAAUCAUAACAUAUUUAACCAAGGUAAACCUGUCAGUGAAAGCUGUUAUAAAUGGGGAGAACGAUACCAAUUUCAGCACUGAAGAAUACAGGCAACUACAACAAACAAAGAUAAAUAUAAGUAGUUACAGGUGUAUACUGGUGCUUGGGCACCAGUGAAAAAAAAGUGCCUUUUUUAGCAGAUUCUGUGCGUACUGCAGAAAUUAAAGUAUCUAAAUAUAGGUAAAAUCUCGUUAACAUAGGUCGUUUGCCAUUUUAAGGUGGUUUAGCCGGUUUACACUGGGGCUUUCUAGAACUUGUUAGGGAAACAAAUGCGUUGCUUUUUGAUUGGUUGACUAAAAAAAUGUAAAGUAUUCAGUUGUUGAUUCAUGCUGUCAAAGUAAUAAGCGCUAACUCCCCUUUGACAUGAAAUCGCUGAGUAAGUAUCCAGUUCCAUUCUGCUGCUUUCAUUGCCCAACAAUUUUUACCAGUUUAGGUUCUCUGAUUCUUGGCGAGCAAAUCGUGCACAUUGAUUAGUCCGAAGACCAACUAGCUCUUUCAAAUAACAAACCGAGUUUUAAACUUACCCGAGUCCCCCUUCUUCUUCUCCACAAUUCAGUUUUUUUACUGCACCUUCCUUUUUUGAUUUUCCUUUCAGCACGAAAACCACCACCACAGCCUCCAGAACCACAUUUUCAUUGUUUUUUUUCCGGUCCUCCUCCACCAUCACCACAUUACUGUUGUUUUCUCACCACCACCAUCUUUCUAUUGUUUUCACCCUUCCUCCACCACCACCACCACCACCACCACAUUCCAAUGCGUAUUUCCACCACUACCACCACAUUCCAAUGCGUAUUUUAGUACUAAUGUUUAGUGCUUUUACAUACAGUAUAUUAGCAGGAAAGGAUUUCGGGUUUGUGUCAAAGAACUGUAUGAGGCAAAAUACGACCCACUCUUCAUAUCCUACAUAGUUUUGUCAGGUAAGAACUUUACUGCAAAAAAAAAAAAAAUUUUUUUGCGGUAUAUCUUUCAAUAUUGUCUCUUAUUUGUGACUCCAUGCCGUGAUUUAUACGCACAGAUAUCUGUCCAGAUGGAUGGGAUUACUUCAAUGGAUACUGCUAUUUAACGAGCACUGUAUGCGCACCUUGGGUGACUGCUGUGUCCAACUGUUCGGCUAUGAACUCACAUCUGGUAACAGUGCACAACCAAGAGGAAAAUGUCUACAUACAGCACCGUCACAAUGGCGAGCGAUCAUGGAUUGGCCUUAAUGACCGAAGCGUUGAGGGAUCGUUUGUGUGGACAAACAAGGAAAUAAUCCGUUUUCAGUACUGGGCUCCGCAACAACCAAACAACUUGAAAAACGAAGACUGUGUCCACGCCCUUGGUGCAGAGCAUGGCUACACUUGGAACGACGUGUCAUGUGAUAAAUGCUAUAACUAUACUUGUGUUAAAGGCAAGUUUUGAGUUACCAUAGAAAUACUACAAAUCCAAACCUUUGUCACCAAUAACGAGAUUUGAAGAUCACUUCUGCAGUAGUGAGUUUUUAUGAUAAUUUUAUCGCCGUGUUGUUGAUCAGAAUUAUAUAAAGUCUGCAUUUUUAUGUAGCAGUCUUCCAGGCGGUAGUCUUAAUAUUUAGGUAAAAUUGGUCUUCAUUGACUUUUGUUGUCUGCUGCAGAGAUUGACGAAUGCAUCAGCAAUUAUCACAGGUGUGAUCCAAACGCUGCUUGUCAGAAUACCGUGGGCUCAUACAUUUGCACUUGCAAAGCUGGAUUCUAUGGAAAUGGAAAAAAGUGCUUUGGUAACUAUCACAAUUCUUUUUUUGUUUUCCCGACCUUUGCAUUCUGGUGAGCUGUGGAGUUAACAUAUUUGCCUUUUACGGUAACUAAGGUACUUUAUUCUUAUCCAAUAUUUAUAGAUGAGAACUUACCAAUAAACUAAAAACUAACUAAGAAUUACAAUGGGCAUUCUCGGUCUUCGUUUUGACAAUUAAUUAGGCACAUAGAAUAUCUGCUAAUAGCACGUUUAGUGUCCUAUCGACUCCUUCUGGGCUCAGGUUUGACAUUUAAUGUGAUAUAUCAUCAAAUUGACUGGGACUCUGCGACAUGUAUAAGGUAUUCUACAGACUACUAUCAACGUCUUACUUUAGAAAGUUGGUUUACUAACUUAGAACAAACGCCACUGAAUCGUAGCCAACAAUUGCCAGCGCCGUACAAACGACUUAUUGACGAGAUCAAGCUAAACUAAAAACGGGAGAACGACUGGAGAACUGACAAUUUAACUAACAAUAGACGGCUGUUUAAGUGUGACAAUAGACGGAUCGAAACGCAUCAAUUGCUUAUUACGAGACUUCAUAGCCAAUAACAUCACGGCUUAACGGACAUCGCGACGUAAUUGACCAAUCAGUUCAAUAACCAGAGUAUAAUACCAUCAACUGACGUGAUACAACUCACUUUGACUCUGAAGAUGACUACCGCACAGGUUGUCGAAACGUCAGUCACUGUCAACAACAACAGUCCUAUUCAGGACUACGUUCACCCGGACGAUCAAACUCAACCUACUUUUGAUAUAUUUUUUUGUUCAACCUGUCCAUCAGUUGUUUUAAACUUGUCAUACAUUGCUAUACGUCAAAACAAAGUAAUAAAAAAUUACCAGCACAUAAUUUACUUAGUGAGGAUUCACUGACUACUCAGAUUAUCAUUUGUUUUCUCCCUCAUUAGAUAUUGAUGAAUGCAGCAACAAAACCCAUACCUGUGACGUGAGUGCAGUUUGUAGCAACACUCAAGGGUCUCACAACUGCACCUGCAAACCUGGAUACUCUGGAGAUGGGAAGAAAUGCAUUGCAGUUGGUAUGCAGCAUCCCUAAAGAAUCCUAUGAUAUUGUCUAUAAUUAUUUUAUACUGUUUAGUUCGGAAAGCUGGUUCAGUUUACGAAUAUUUUGCCUAAAUAUAGACAGUUAGGCUUAAUUUGUUGGGUUUUUAGCGCCAUUAUUCCGGGCCUGAAUUUCUUACACAGUUUCUCAUACAGCUUACAGUACAGUGUACAAAAAGUAGAUAUUAUUGUUGACUUUAUAAGUCGUAAAGUAGCCAUAUCCUGCCAAAUGUAGAAUUAACACGCAGUGCUAAUGUCAUGUCUUCCAGUUCCUAAGAACUGUGCUGAACUGUACAAAGCUGGAAAACGAACAAGUGGAGUUUACAAGAUGGACCCAGACGGUGCUGGUGCCUUUGACGUGUACUGUGACCAAACAACAGCCGCUGGGGGGUGGACAGUGUUCCAAAAGAGACUGGAUGGCUCGGUUAAUUUCUACCGCGGCUGGAACGACUACAAAAAAGGGUUCGGAAAUCUGAAUGGCGAGUUUUGGCUCGGACUGGACAAAAUUCACCGCCUGACAAAAACUAAAAGCAAACUUCGAGUGGAUCUAGAGGACUUCAACAGAAACACAGUUUAUGCCGAGUACAGCUACUUUGCGAUAUCAGACGAGAGAAGCAAAUACAAGCUGAGUCUUGGAACUUACUCCGGUAAUUGUAUUACUAACUUGAUUAACGACGGAGUUCGUGGAAACGUCUUUUAACGGCCCAAGUUAAUGCUAAUGAUCAUUUGACGUUUAAGAAAUAAAGACUCACCACAGAGAUACAGCUGGUCCAACAUACAGUGAAGUAUGUAAUAAUCACAACGCUAUCAUAACAUAAGAGUAAAGCUAAUAAAUAUAAUAUGGAGCGUUAGAGUGAUUUUACUUCCACCAUGAAACGGAUUCAAUGUUUCCCACUGUUUUUAGAUCUUAACCAUUCCAUUAAAAAUCACAGUUUUCUGGAGAUGAAUUUAAGGAAAUAUCGUUUCUUCCAAUUUCAUUUUCCAGGAAAUGCUGGUGACUCGCUUAGUGGUCACGGGGGCUCUCCUUUCACCACUAGAGAUCAAGACAAUGACAGCUCGUCUGCUAACUGUGCUACAAGGUUCAAGGGAGCUUGGUGGUACGGAAGCUGUCAUACUUCCAACCUGAACGGCCUCUAUCAUCGCGGAAGACACUCUUCAUAUGCUGAUGGUGUGAACUGGUAUGGUUGGAAGGGAUAUCACUACUCCGCUAAACGAGCUGAAAUGAAACUCAAACCAGUCAACUUCUAAACCGACAAACAGCGAUUGUCAGUGCUUAUAUCUGCUUGAUUGGCAAUGGUCGGUUAAAUAACUUAUAGUAACACAUUUUUUUAGACUGCUGCUGAAAUGAUAAAUUAAGCAUAAUCUUGUCACAGAUUUGACGGGGAAAAAACUAUAAAAUAAAAGAUGUUGCAAUUGGC